CCUUGUGUAUUACUAAUAUUUAGUAUCUUCGGAUAACUUAGUGCUGAUGAAAUAAAACAGGUUCACUAUAACAGAAUAGCACUAUUUUGCUUGUUAAAAUUUAAGAAAUUGUUAAAUGCUAUAUAGGAAAAUAAGGGAAUUUUGGAUAUGACUGAGCAACGACACAAAGAAUCUAUACAAAAACUGGUUGAACAUCCCGAAAAUAACGCUUGUGCAGAAUGUUUUAGGCCGAAUCCAAGUUACGCUUCGACAUCUCUGGGAUUGUUUCUAUGUCCGAUUUGCGCUAAAUUGCACCAAAAGUGCAUUCCGGAUCUCAGCGAUGUAGUCUCUAUUUUGAGUCACAGGUGGACAAAAGAGGAAGUAGAUUUCUUAUACACGGAAGGAAACAAAUCUGCCAAUUCUAAGUAUGAAAAAUUGCUGCCAAUAUAUUAUCACAGACCUCGUCCGGAUGAUCCAGAGAUUUUAUUCGAGCAAUGGAUCAUGGCGAAGUAUGUGCGAGAGGAGUUUAAAGAUUUCUCACAGCAAAGUGCGUACAACCAAGGAACAAAAACAGGAGCGCUUUUCAAACGACUGAAAGACCAGGAAAAAUUUCAACGGAGGAAGUUUAUUCUCAUUGAGCCAGAAGGAAAGCUUCAAUAUUUCAUCAAAUACAGCGAUAAAAAUCCUAAGGACAAUAUUCAUAUGAAAAAUAUGGUCAAUGUUUAUCUCGUUCCCGAAAAAGUUGGAAAUGAGGGCGGAAUGCAAAUAACAUAUGAAAAAGAUGGUGUUCGACGAAACAUAUACGUAUUUGGAGAAGAUAUGAAAACCACAACGGACUGGUAUCAUGCAAUUCGUGCAUCAAUGGCUCGACACAAGUAUAAAGAUUUUCCGGAUAGUGACGUCAGACGUUAUCUCAACACCACUAUCAUCAUGGAAGGGUGGAUGAGCAAAACAGGACCAAAGAAGCACGAGAAGUUUAGAAGACGAUGGUUCAGUUUAAUUGGAACUGCUAUUUGGUAUUAUGCUCAACCGCUUGAUGCCCACCCACUUGGUUAUAUUGCUCUUGGAUCGAAAACAUUUGGAUAUUCAAUCAUGCGUGGGUUUCCCAAAGGCAUAAGGGAAGAAGGAUAUGGAUUAACUAUUCACACUCCCGAUCGUGUAUAUGUUUUAAACUGUGUCAAUAUGGAUAGCAGAGAACAAUGGAUGAGUCAUGUUGAAAAGGUUCUGUUGUCUUGUACUAAUGUCUGGACAAAACCGAGUAUUGCAAAAGUUGGAAACAUCGCCGAGAAGAGUUCCAGUAUCGACAAAUCGGAUGAUGAUUCGUCAACCAAACAAAAUAGAAGUGAAUUUAAGGAAAUAUCGAGCGGAAAACAAGAUUCCGUUAUUAAUUUGGACGAAAUUGACGACCUUGACACACCAUCAGCUACAACAGUAUUUACUGGAAUGCACAAUAGAUUUGUAGCGGAGAAUGCUUCUAUUCAACUUCCAGACAUUCAAGAAAAAACUGAAUCACGAAAACCAUUAUUUCAGAAGAAUACAUCCGGUCACAAAGAUGGAAAAAUUGUAACGAAAAUGAAUAAAGACACAAAACAAAGAAAGGGAACAGUCAAGGCAAAUCCGUCAGUGUCCUCUGUUGCACCAACUCCAAGACCAAGAUCAAGCACAGGGGAAAUGAGAAAACCAUCUAAAAAAUAUAGCGAUGAUUCGGAAAGUACAGGAUCUGACAGCGACGAAGAUAUAGUAGCAUCAUCCGUUGUGUCUCCUUUACCAAAACAAACACAGCGUCUCAUUGUUGACGGAAAUGAUAGAAGAAGAUUCUUGUCAUCUGCUACAGAUGAAGAUUCAGAAGAAGAAAUAAUUAUACUACGCAACAAAGAUAAAAAUUUAGAUGGAUCAAUUUCUCGGCAUAAAGCAUCCGUAGAAGAUACCAACAAUCGAUUUAGUUUUCCGAUGGCGAGUCAAGGAAAAGCGUCAACAAGACUUCGUUCUCCAGGAAAGAGGCCUCAGUCGCCUUUAACCAGACCUCGAUCCACUUUAGCAGACGAUUCAGACAGUAUUUCGUCGACAUCAAGUGAAGAUGUUAAAUCAGUGAAUAUAGUGCCAAUCAAUAAGAAGCAAUUUCACUUUUCCCAAGAAACUCUCAACUCAACAUUAUCAGCAGCGAUGCCAGGAUUAGGAAUUAUUGAUUCUUCCAGUUCAGCGUUUAUCGAUGACGAAGGAAACGCAAAUUUAUCAUCCGAAUUUCUUCUGAUUCCUGAAAAUCAAAAAUGGAGAUCCGAUACCUUUACGUCAUUGCGUCGAGUGCAAGGAAAAGAGAGGAAAACGUUGAAAAAGCCUAGCGCUAACUCAAGCAGAUUGGGAAGUGUAAGCAGCGUCGAUUCUCAAAGUGGAAUAUCGCAGGAUAUCAAAGAAAGACCGGUUUCCCUUACUAUAGUCAAUAAUUUAGAGUCGGCUAUUUGGUUUUUGGUGUUCCAAUGUGAGGAGGAAAUCAGCGACGAAAAUAGCUACAUUACUCCAUGGAUAGGCGCUGAAAUUGCGGAGAUGCCAGCAUCAGUCGGACCCAUUCAAUUACCAUGCGAGUUUGAAAUUGCAAUUAUCGAUACUGCCCCGGGCGGUUAUGGAUUACGAAGAACUACUGGCCCAUUUUAUACUGAAUAUGGUGACAUUUGGGAAGUAGAUAUGCCAGUGGAUGAUGGAUCAGCGCCCGAUAUGUUCUUUCAUGAGGGUAUGGAGACGGACGAUGGUAGUGUUAUGGUUUAUAGUAACGUUGAAAAUUCGAAGCAAUUUGAAAUAGCUAUGUUCAAAAGCGGAAGAAAAUUAUUCAGCAGAAAAAAUAUAAAGCCGGGAGAUGCUGUUUCCUUCAAAGUUGAACCUGUAAUUUAUGUGAUGCCGGUUGAUCAGGAAUCAUAUUAUGAAAUGGAAGGUGAAGACAUCAGACUGAAUGAAAUCAUUUCACGAGCUUCAAAAAUUGAUUUAGAUUAUAGGAAGUCGAAACUAAAAAUUUCGGCUAAAAAACGAGGAGAUGAUAUUUACUUUUCAAGAUAACAGAUUUUAUUAAACAAUUGAGUUAUUGUAUUAAUGUUCUACAAUCUACUAGAUUACGAUAUCCCUGUUUUAUUCUGAUUACGAUGUAAUCUGAGAAUUAGAGUAUUUAAAAUGAAUAUUUAUGAUAGGUUAUUUAAAUUUGAGCUACACAAACGCAUGUCCUGCGACUAACAAUAUUGUAAAAGAUAAACACGUUUAACACCAACAUCCUAUUUGAAUCAUUCAAAUUUA